ACUCAAUUCUGAAGAUUUGUAUACUCAGUUCAAUACACUUCCACUGCCAUCUAAGAAUGUUCGCACGUCCGCGACCUAAAAAGGGCCUGCUCCCUCCGCCACCAAAGAAGCGAAAAGUUCAACAUUCGCUCGAAGAAAUCAAAUUCGAUAAUGACGCCCGUUCCGAUUAUCUUACUGGAUUUCACAAGCGCAAAUUGCAAAGAAUCAAGAAUGCGCAAGAGCAAGCUUCACAACGGGCAAGACAGGAGAAGAUUGAAUUUAGAAAGCAGAUCCGCGAAGAGCGGAAGAGAGAAGUCGAAGAGCAUGUUCAAAACGUCAAUGCAAUCCUGAAGGAAGCGCAACAAGCUGGCUAUGUGGGGGAAGAAACGGCAGAAGACGAAGCAGAGGAAUGGGGAGGGUUUCAAGAUACUCUCGCGCCGGAACCUAUUGACCACGAAGAAGAGUACAUCGACGAGGAACGCUACACUACGGUGACGAUAGAGUCUGUAAAUGUGUCUAAAGAUGGACUGACAAGCUCGAGGCCUGAGGAGAGCUCAGGCGAAGAGGAUGAAGACGAUGCAGCGAGGAGAGAUUCCCAACAUCCUCCAGGGAGUCAAGAGAAAACCAGGCCACCUAAAAAGAAGAAACCGAAGUUUAGGUACGAGACAAAGUCGGAAAGGCAACUCAGCCAGAGGAAACAGAAAGCCUCCAAGAGCAGAAAGAAACCACGUGAUUGAUUACUGCAUUGUCUAGCCGCCUUGUUGGCUUUGCUGCUGCAAAUACCAGAUAUAAGUCCACCAUACAAUAAACAUGCCCUAAACACUUGACUUCUCCUCAAUAGCCACCGCAGAAUUCUUGUCUCUCGAGAGAUCGAAG